UGUCAAGUUGACAGUGUCAACAAAGAUCGUGAAAAUUCCACGAAUAAAGAAAAUAAAAAAUUUUUUGACAAGUUUAGUUAUUGAUAGUGAUUCACACUGAAAAUUUAUUUUGUGCGUUGUUCUACUUUAUGUACUGGACUUUUUCAAAUUGUGCUGAAUAUUUGUAUGUGUUUAUAAAUUGUUUGCUAUCACCAAUUGAAAUGGCAGGUGCUGGCGAUCGUCACCAAUUUCCGAACAACGAGACCAGCAGCGAUACAGAAGAUUACACGGAUGAUCGAAGGAGAAGAGUUUUUAAAAGUCGAAUGAGUUAUGGAUCAUGUUCGAAGCCAAAACCAUGUCUUGUACAACGGUCUGCUUCGCUUACGGACCCACGCUGCCUGUCUGUUUCAUCCACACCUAAGCAAUGCCACAAUGCUCCUCGCAAUAGGAGCCGCAACUCCCUACCAUCGCCAGGGGUUUCCAAAACAUCUGGCGUCCAGAAUGGUGCGAAUGGGGCCCCCAGUGAAGAACGAGUCACUCUAGUCGUUGACAGUACUAGAUUCGUGAUCGAUCCUUCGCUGUUUAUAGCCCACCCUAACACGAUGUUGGGAAGGAUGUUCAGUUCAGGAUUGGAAUACACGCAUCCAAACGAGAGAGGAGAAUACGAGGUGGCUGAUGGGAUCUCAGCAACCAUUUUCAGAGCUAUAUUAGACUUUUACAAAAGUGGUGUUAUCAAGUGUCCGCCUUCGGUCUCUGUCCAGGAACUGAGAGAAGCCUGCGAUUACCUUCUAGUGCCUUUUGAUGCCAAUACUGUCAGAUGCCAAAAUUUGCGUGGGCUCCUCCAUGAGCUGUCGAACGAAGGUGCACGUUGCCAAUUUGAAGAAUUUUUAGAACUACUGAUACUUCCUCUAAUGGUUAACUCUGCUCAGAAAGGGGAUAGGGAAUGUCACGUUGUGGUUCUCCUGGAUGAUGAUACUGUGGAUUGGGACGAAAAAUAUCCACCCCAGAUGGGCGAGGAAUACAGUCAGACUGUGAAUAGUACUGCCAUGUAUAGAUUCUUCAAAUAUAUAGAGAAUAGAGAUGUUGCCAAACAAGUUCUGAAAGAUAGGGGACUGAAGAAGAUUAGAUUAGGAAUUGAAGGUUAUCCCACCUAUAAGGAAAAAGUCAAGCGAAGACCGGGAGGUAGAUCCGAAGUCAUAUACAACUAUGUACAGCGUCCAUUCAUCCACAUGUCCUGGGAAAAAGAAGAAGCCAAAAGUCGUCACGUGGACUUUCAAUGCGUUAAAUCAAAGAGCGUGACUAAUUUGGCAGAGGCAGCGGCCGAUCCAGCAUUCGAUCUCGACGCCGGUGGUAACCCUAUAGUAGUCCCCAUCCCCCACGAUCCCGCGUCUUACCCGCUUCAGGGAGAUCCCGAUGAGGGCGAAUUAGCUAGCGCUCAAAACGACCCAAAUUGAAUUUUUUUCAAAUUUAUAUUUUCUGGCAUUCGAGGUUCAUUCUCAUUUCUCACCCUAUAUAAACGAGUCGUUUAGGGUUUUUUGGUUUAGAAGAAAUUUGAAUUGGUUUGCUGUUUUGAGAGAUAUUCGAAUAUUUCAACUUUUUUAUGAUGGAGCAUCAUGUGUAAGAUUGAGAAAAUUAAACAACUUGUUUUUAUUUCUAAAUUGAUUUUUUUUUAGUUCACGACUUAUUGUUACUGUUUUAAAUCGUACUUAUGAACAUUCGGAUACUUGUUUCAUGAAUUAACUUAAACAAGAUUUGAAAUAGCAUAUGCAACAUAUAAAUUAUCUGUCUAUUUAGAAGCAGGUUGGAGAGAUAUAUGAUUCCAGGCAAAAAUAAAAAUGGAGUAAAAUUGCUUGAUUGUUGAGCGGAUGUUCCAGUUGAACUUAUAACCUACGAUAAUUUCUAUUCAUUUCAUUCAUAAAGUUUCAUAUUACUUUGACUUUAUGCAGCUGCUUUCAACUUCUAGUUGUUAAUGUAGCAGUGUAUCUCUUGUCUCAGUUUUUUUUUUAUUAUCUAUCUGAAUCUUUUAUUAAAAUUGUUCCGAGUUCAUCAAAGUUUGCGCAGUAUUUAUUUACUGCCUAGUUUGUUUUCUACCAUAUAUACUAGAUUGUAAUUAUUUAUCAGACAACCGUAGUAGUUUCAAAACAUUUUUUUGAAACUUGUAACAAAUAUAAAGAAAACGUUUUUCAUAUGGUACUGUUCCUUUCUCAGUGCAUGUUUGGGCAUGUUUUAGAGUCGCUACCGAUCAAAUCGAUACAUUCAAAGUGUAUUCUUUAUCGACACCAAAUGUUUAGGUUUAGGCACUGGCUAUAUUAUGUGAAAACAUGACUUUAUUCUUAGGAAUAGGUUGAAAUAGAAGGUGGCUGUUAUUUUAAACGGUAACUUUGUUAACGUUAUAAGUUAUUAAAGAAAAAAUUCGAAAUUCUAAAAAAUUUUAUAAACAUUUAUAUGUCCAUAAGUGUAUACCAAUCGGUAAGACUGAAUAUUGAGAAUACUCUUUUUUGCUCAUUUCUAUAUAAUUAUCAUGUAUAUUUAUUAGUCCAAAAGUCUUUGAAUAAAGCUUAUAUGAUGUUUGGUAUAA